UGGAUACCUGAACCCAAAGAUCUUUAAAUUGCAUCAUUCCUGUAAGUUUUCUAACCCCAAUGAUUGGCCACUCCCAAUCCUUCUGUCUUUCUUUACCCCAUUCUUCUCCACAUCCUCGGGUUUAUGGGGAAAAGAAAGGCAAAAUUGAAGAGACAGAGCUGACACUAAUCUCUCCCGGUAUAGCCGAUGGGAGCGAUCCUCGACCUCCACACCAGCUCAAUUUACACAUUGGGCGGCGUAUUUACCCCGACGCAACUCCGUUAUCGCCUUCCUCUACACUCUCUCGGUUGAAGCGGAAGAUUACAGGGAUUUAGGCAUUCCCCAUCCGCCAGGUUCCUGGUUCGGUAGAGGACCCCCGCCCAGGAUUCAUAGCACGACCAUCCAUGGAGCAGCGAUAGGCGAACUUUGGUUCUUCUAAGAGACGUGCGACCUGUUGCUAGCCAUCAAUUUCCGGCCCUUUUCUCCUAUAUAUAGUUGAUGCAAGAAAAAUCAACCACCGUCGCCGCAUAUGCGGCUGGCGCCUCCCUCGCCGCUGUCGCCCUCUUUUACGUCUUCGGACCCAACUACACAAUCGAUGGGGAUGAGUCAAGUGAUAGCAACCGUAAAAAAAGCAUUGUUGGCCUAUCCAAUCCCGCCAAUGAUUGCUUCAUCAACUCGGUCUUGCAGGCGCUUGCUGGCCUGGGUGACUUGCGUGUUUAUCUGAUUAGAGAACUCCAUCGGCGUGAGCUGGAUGGACCGGAGGUCUAUAACUCUCUACCAGAUGUAACAGAGCUCGCCGGCGGUAAGAAGGCGGAAAACAUCCGGGAGUUGCAGCAGGGCACGAUCACCCGAGCUUUGAAAGAGAUGUUAGACCGUCUGAAUGAGCGCCCGAUUUACAAGAAGACAAUUUCAGCGCGUCCAUUCAUCCAGGCUCUCGAAUACGCAUACCGGACCCGGAUUAGCCGUAACCAACAGGAUGCACAGGAGUUCCUGCAAAUCGUCGCCGAACGGCUUUGUGAUGAAUACCAUGCCGGUGUCAAAGCCCGACAGAGACUACAGGGGCCCAUUGACAUACCCACAGGCUCGGAAAUUUCACAAAGUACCGAAGAUGUCACAUCCGCCAAGAGCCCAUCUGAGGUUGAGGUACGCAUUGAUGACGGAUCCGAGAACGGCCUGCCGGCAAUCAUCGAUACCAAACUCAAGGAGAUCGACAACGAGUAUGGGUUUCCGUUCGAGGGGAAGCUCGAGUCGCAAAUUGAAUGUCAAUUCUGUCAUUAUAAGUACAAGCCCAACCAGACCUCGUUUGUCAACUUGACGUUACAAGUGCCGCAGAAGAGUUCCACCACACUCAGCGCGUGUUUCGAUGGCCUCCUCAAGACCGAACACAUCGACGAUUUUAGGUGUGACCGAUGUCGUCUGCAACAUGCAGUCGAAGUGAAAAUGCAAGAGCUGAAGCAAACACGCGGGGCCAAAGAGCAGCAGGUCCUCCAGACCGAAAUUCAAAAAUUACAAGACGCUUUGUCAACAGAUCCAGAGGGCCUGCUGGAAGGCGUUACUCUUCCACCCGCAGAGGCUGCUCCCAAGCGAAAGAUUGCACGCCAUAUGCGCAUUACGGUCUUCCCUAAGAUCAUUGCAAUCCAUCUCUCACGGUCUAUAUUCGACCGCAGCAGUUCCACCAAAAACGCGGCAAAGGUGGCAUUCCCUGAACGACUUCCGCUGGGGGGUAUCCUGAAUCAAAAGUGGUUCAAACUGCUGGCGAUUGUUUGCCACAAAGGCAGUCACAACAGUGGCCAUUACGAAUCAUUCCGACGAAACCAUCUCUAUCCGCCUUUCUCGACACCGGAUGUCUUCAGUUCGUAUGCACAGAGCCGAGCUACAAGUGAGAAUCCAUCGCAAGUACCAAGCCCUCGCAUGGGGCCUCGUUCCUUAGAUGCAGAGCCUCCAGCUCUUAGUAUCUCGACCUCAACCUCGCCAUCUUCUUCGUCUCUUUCUCCGGCCCCGUCGCGAUCCCCGUCGAGAAAGAAGUCCCCUACAGCUGCAUCUCAAUUGAAUCCUCCGGCAUCCCCGGCUCCCCGGCCAAGCACGUCAUCGAGCUCACGUGUGUCUUUCCAAAGUAGCCGCACCAAAUCCAAGCAGAAUCUGUCUCCGACCUCGGAUCCCCAGAGUCCUGCAACUGACGGUGGACGCUGGAGCAAGUCCAGCUCGCGCCCAUCAUUUAUGAGCGAUCGCAUAACUCCCGGUACUUCUACUGAGACUUUCACUGGGCCCACUUCGCGUCUCCGUCGUCGUCGUAAGGCAAACGAUCGAUGGUGGCGGAUCUCGGAUGAGAAGGUUAAGGAAUGUAAGACGUCGGACGUUCUGGGUAUGCAAAAAGAGGUCUAUCUCCUAUUCUACGAGAUGGAGAAGCCAACCAGUGGCCCACAGGGUUCAUAAUCGCCUGACGAGAAGCUAAAGGCUGGUCCUGGGCAUCAGACGGCAGUUUCUUUGCAUGGGGUGCGUGGAAAGGUCCAGUGUACACAUCUUUUCCAAUCGAGGCUCCGCGCACCACUCAUUAUUUUCUAUAUAGUACUCAGACGACACUGCGCUUUGCUUGCGGGAUCUGAGCCCGGCCAGGGUAGUCUGAGCUGAUCACCGAGCGUUAUGUAUAUUCGGUGUUGGGAAAUGUAACGUAGAUAUAUACAUCUCGAUAGAUACGGAAAAUUUUAUCUCACUUGGGUAACCC